AUGACUGAGAGAGGACGAGCCAUGUGGCGCACGUGCCUAGCCUCAGCGUUCCGUACAGCUCUAGCAUGCACUAUCGUUGGCUCAGCUACACUCUACGGACCCGAAUGGAUCCUCCGCCACGUGGCAUUCCCGGCGUUCUCUUACGUCACGGUCAUUCUUAUCAUCACCGACGCUACCCUCGGAGACACACUACGUGGCUGCUGGCUAGCUCUUUACGCUACAUGCCAGAGCGUGGGACCUGCGAUCAUUACACUAAGGCUUAUAGGACCAGCUCAUCUCACGGCGGCAACUACUUCUUUAGCUGCGGCUCUAGCGGCGUUUGUGGUGGUGCUACCAAACAGCUCGACCCAUUUGGUGGCUAAGAGGAUCGCGUUAGGACAGAUCGUUCUGAUUUACGUUAUCGGUUAUAUAAAAGGAGCUGAGACUGAGCCAGUCAUGCACCCUCUUCGAGUCGCAGCCAGUACCGCUCUUGGUGUUAUAGCUUGCGUUCUUGCACUUCUCGUCCCACUUCCACGCUUGGCUACGUGCGAGGUGAAACAAGGCUGCAAAGAGAUUGGUCAAAAUGUAACGACGAGAGUGAAGUUGUACAUGAAGGCUUUUUGUGCCGAGGAUGCUACGUCAGCAAUGGCUUCUGUCUCACAAGCUCGAGAGUUGUCUCGUAUCUGCUCCAAGCUAUAUCAAACAAUCAAACGCUACCAACCAAGCAUGAAAUGGGAGAGGCUUCCAUUUAAGGUAUGGAGAUGGCAAAACGUGAACGAUAACAAAGGAGAGAAGCUAGAGAGCAUGGAGAUUGCUCUUAGAGGAAUGGAAAUGGUCUUAGCAAGCAAAUCUACUAUUCCCAAGAGUUUACUUGCGGGAGAAGUAAAAGACGGUCUCAAGAACAUGCAAGAACGUGUGAUCCUCUCAAUCAAACGAGUAAACAACAUCCCUCAACCGUCGGUAACUCCAGAAACCGAUCUAGAAAAACCCGAUGAGUGCCUCCAAACACUUCAGGAAAUACCAGAAUCGCCUCAAGAUUUGCCCUUUUACUUCUUCUUGUUCUGCAUCAGGCUCCUUGAAACCAUCACAAUGGAUAAACGGGAGGAUAACAAAGUAAAACCGGAGGAGAACAAGGGCUCAACAAAAUCCAAGAGUCGGUCUUGGAUUAGUGAUUGGGACAGCAAGAAGGUUAUGCCGGCAAUAAAGCUAUCGCUUUCAUUAGGUUUAGCGAUUUUCCUAGGCACGUUGUAUAGUAAGCCAAACGGGUAUUGGGCUGGUUUACCGGUGGCGAUCAGCUUUGCGGCGGCGAGAGAGGCGACGUUUAAAGUGGCGAAUGUUAAGGCACAAGGGACAGUGAUAGGGACAGUGUACGGAGUGAUGGGUUGCUUUGUGUUUCAGAGGUUUCUAACGGUUAGGUUUCUUUCUUUGCUUCCAUGGUUUCUCUUCUCAAGCUUCUUGAGCAAGAGUCGGAUGUACGGACAAGCCGGAGGUAUAUCGGCGGCGAUAGGAGCCGUUUUGAUUCUUGGAAGGAAGAAUUUCGGACAUCCAAGCGACUUUGCGAUCGACAGAAUCAUCGAGACUUUUAUUGGGUUGUCUUGUUCGAUCUUGGUGGAGCUUAUCUUGCAGCCCACGCGAGCCGCUAAUGUAGCGAAACUCGAGCUGUCGAGAAGCUUCCAUGCUUUGUACGAGUGUGCAAGCUUGUUCGGAGCUAAAGUGAGUAAAGCAGAGAUAAUGGAGAGUCAAAAGAAGAUGAGAGGUCAUUUGAAUAUGCUCAAGAAGUUCACGGAAGAAGCCCAUGCAGAGCCAAUCUUCUGGUUUUCGCGUUUUAACGCUUCUUGCUACGAAAAGCUGUUCAAGUCAUUGUCUAAAAUGGCUGAUCUAUUGCAAUUCAGCGGUCACGCUAUAGGGUACCUUGGAGAACAAGGAAAAGGAAAAUUACCACAGUGCAAGGAGAUUCUUAGUGACGUAGACAAAGAUCUCAAGAGCCUAACGCAGAGCAUAGGUCUACUAGCUAAAUCUUUCGAGGAGAUCACUCUGCUCAAAUCACUGGACGCCCUCGAAAAGGCUCUGGCCAAGAGCGACAACAGCUCAUGGGACAUCGAGCUGGGGAAGACACCAAACCCUAGCUUCUCAGGCGCAGAGAGCGAGCCAGAUAAGAUUUUAGAGACUUAUCUCCAGCAUUGCAGAGGAGUUGCUGAUGGAAUGUUCCGUGUGGAAGAAGAAAAGGAAGAGGACGUUCUUGAAGUGGACAAGAGUGAAGUUGUGUUGAGUUUGAGUGCGUUAGGGUUUUGUGUGGAGAGAAUGGAGAAAGAGACGAGAGAGAUUGAGGAGAUGGUUAAAGAGUUUCAUCGAGAUCAGAAGAGUGAGGCGUGCACAAUUUUUCUAAUCAUCUGCAUCAAGAAAAUGGCGACUAAUGGAACGACGACGAAGCCACCACCGACGCCUUCUCCUCUGCGUAAUUCCAAGUUUUUUCAGUCAAACAUGAGGAUCUUGGUGACAGGAGGAGCUGGAUUUAUUGGUUCACAUCUUGUUGAUAGAUUGAUGCAAAACGAAAAAAACGAAGUAAUAGUUGCAGAUAAUUACUUCACAGGAUCAAAAGAUAAUCUCAAGAAAUGGAUUGGUCAUCCAAGAUUUGAGCUCAUUCGUCAUGAUGUGACUGAACCUUUAAUGGUCGAAGUUGAUCAAAUCUACCAUUUAGCAUGUCCUGCUUCUCCAAUUUUCUACAAAUACAAUGCCGUUAAGACGAUAAAAACAAAUGUGAUUGGCACACUUAACAUGUUGGGACUAGCUAAGCGAGUCGGAGCAAGAAUUUUGCUUACUUCCACAUCUGAAGUGUAUGGUGAUCCUCUUGUUCACCCACAACCCGAGAGCUAUUGGGGAAAUGUAAACCCCAUUGGUGUUAGAAGCUGUUAUGAUGAAGGAAAACGUUGUGCAGAGACUCUUAUGUUUGAUUACCAUAGACAACAUGGGAUUGAAAUACGCAUAGCGAGGAUAUUCAACACAUAUGGUCCUCGUAUGAACAUUGAUGAUGGUCGUGUCGUGAGCAACUUCAUUGCUCAGGCUCUCAGGGGAGAAGCACUGACUGUUCAGAAACCGGGAACACAAACUCGUAGUUUCUGUUAUGUUUCUGACAUGGUAGACGGUCUAAUGCGUCUGAUGGAAGGAGACCAAACCGGACCAAUCAAUAUAGGCAAUCCAGGCGAAUUUACCAUGGUUGAACUUGCUGAGACGGUUAAAGAGCUUAUUAAACCGGAUGUGGAGAUAAAGAUGGUUGAGAACACACCGGAUGAUCCGAGACAGAGGAAACCGGAUAUAACCAAAGCUAAAGAAGUUUUUGGUUGGGAACCAAAAGUGAAGCUUCGUGAAGGACUUCCUCUUAUGGAAGAAGAUUUUCGUCUCAGGCUUGGAGUAGUCAAGAAGUGA